AUGCCUCCGCGGCUGGCCCAUACCAAGAGUCGCAAGGGCUGUGUGCGAUGCAAAGCGAGGAAAGUCAAAUGCGAUGAGAGUCGCCCCAUUUGCAAGAAUUGCAGCAGGCACAAUGUAGCCUGUGAAUGGCGUCAUCAAGAUCCUGCUGCCUCUGCGAACGCAGUCCGUCUGGUGAAGCGACCUGUCAGCCGCAACGAUGACGAGUACGACCUGUUCACGCCAUGUCUUGUCGGUGAACGUCGACGGCAGCUUGAACUUCAGCUGCUGCACUACUUCGAAAGUCACAUUACAUGGACGCUCGGCUCCACUCGAAGCCUCUCCCAUCGUGAGAUAUGGGCGUGCACUGCUGUUGAGCUCUCUUUCCGGUACCCCUUCUUACAAAAUGCCAUUUUUGCAUUCGCGGCAUUGUAUGCUGCCAAAUCCACCUCGGAGUCAAGGCGGUUCUUCGCAUCGGGUGACCAACAGAGCCUGGCUUCCAAAGCUAUUAAUCACGCUCCCGAAAUCAAUUCGUCUGUUCCUAUUCAUUUCGUGCAUGAGAUCUAUCUGGAUUUGGCACUGAGACAGCAAAGGGACGCAGUGAAACACGUUACGGUCGAAACCGCAGAUGCAGUGCUUCUAUCGACGAUGCUGCAUUGGUAUCAAGCGACAUCACAGCUCUCGGGUGAUAAAGGAGCAGCGAACAGCAGUUAUGAACUACCGACACAGUGGUUGAGGAUGGCUCAAGCCAAUAGACAUAUCGCUGCGGUUUGUAGAGAGCUAAGACCGAAAGAACAAGGGGUCUGGGAAGUUUACUGUAACGAGUGGUCCGAUUUCGAGACUUUAUGCGAGUUGGACGGUGUUCAUAUUUGCGACGCCGCGCAAAGGCUCUUGGAUUUUGAAAGCUAUCCAGAACCGAAAGACUCCCCCCCAAUGUCAAAUCUUGCUACACCGGACUGCAGCUCUUUUACGAAGCCGAGACCAAGGGAUGUCAAAGUUACGUACACCCGAUUUCUAGCAUACGUAGCCAACGUUCAUCAGGCGAUCCGCAGCAAAAAGUCAGUCCGCCACAUCUUUCGACUCCUGGGCGUUAUUCAGCCGUCAGAGAUUAUCGUACUUAUCGAGGAGAAGCGACCGCGUGCUCUGGCCAUUUUGUCCCUCUACUUUUCCCUUUGUUACGCCUUGAAUGGACAUUGGGUAUGGCAGGGCGUGGCUGAACAACAGCUCGAAGGCAUCGCGAACCUGCUACCACAAGACUGGCAAUGGGCUAUGGCGUGGCCAAGAGCGGUGCUGCAGAAACUAAAAGAAGAGUUUUGUUGCCUGGAAUGGGGUAUCUUCUAGCCAAGGGCUGAGUAUUUUCGAUCCUGUUCACAUUCACUGAUUUCUUUUGGAAUGUAAGUAACGAAACUAAGAGAGCCCAC